AUGAUACGGCGAGUGCUGAGGAGCUUUACUAAUAUUCAAAAAGGAGAUGAUGGCCAAGAAUACUCAUAUACACAAGUGCCCAUGGAUCAGCAUCAUCCUCAUUAUACACCUCAUCAAGAUUAUUAUUGGUCAACCAAAGAUGAACUUUCUCCGCACCCUUUAGAAAUCCGAACUGAUGUAGACUGGGAGUCUACCUUAAAUCAUUGACAUCGAAAAUUUUGGGCUGCUGAUAUAUAAAUUGUUUGAUUAAUUUGGCAAAUUACUGGAAGAUAGCACAAAUUAUUUCAAAAUAUGAAAACUAUUGAGAUAAUUUUAAUCAAUUGAAUAUACUUAAAAUGGUGUGAAUGAUGGGGAUGCAUUCAUUUGAAACAGAAGUAACAAUAAAUUACCCUGCAGAAAAAGGUCCGCUCAGUCCUCUAUUUAGAGGUGAGCAUGGCUUAAGAAGAUACCCAACAGGCGAAGAACGAUGCAUCGCUUGCAAACUAUGUGAAGCUGCAUGUCCCCCCAGAGCUAUUAAAAUUGAAGCUGAGCCAAGACCAGAUAAUGCUAGAAAAACUAUAAGAUACGACAUUGAUAUGACGAAGUGCAUUUAUUGUGGAUAUUGCCAAGAAGCAUGCCCAGUAGAUGCAAUUGUUUUAUCUUCAAAUUUUGAGUUCUCCACUCUAGCUCAUUCUGACAUGCUCUACACUAAAACUAAGCUUAUAGAUAAUGGAGACCGAUGGGAAGCACAGCUUGCGAGAAAUUUAGAAUGGAUUACUAAGAGGCAAUAA